AUUAUUACCGAUAAAACUAUAUUAGUAUCGGAUUACAAUUGUUAGUGGAAUGUGGGUAAUAUGGCGGUGACACGACGCGAAUUCAUUUUUGGCGCAUUUCUGUCGAGUGUUGUGUGUGUUGUUUUAAUUUCUACAUCCAUUGCGAGUGACAACUGGGUCACAGCACUGGCUACACACAAUUCAAGUAUUCAAGCAGCCGACAGCAAAAUUAACUAUGGCUUGUUCAGAGGAGAGCUAGAACUGAACAUAGUUCUUACGCCUACAUACCAUACGUUGUACUUGACAUGUGUGUUCGACGAGGGCGCAUGCGCAGUCAGCUGCAAGACCAACCCCGAGGCUCGCAAGGAAGAGGUGCUAGCGUUGGCUAACAGACGCAGGCCGAUCACUACAUGUGUGUCAGUCACUACUGUAGAUUCAAGUCCACUUUUGGACGAAGCCCCAAUCAUCCCGUCGGCGCUGUACGUGUGUGUGUGUCUCUUCGUGUUCCUUCAUCUGGUGGGCGCGGCGGUGGGCGCCGGGCUGGCCGUCACCAACGCGGCGCGCAGCCCCACCGAGCCCGCCUGCGGGCUGCCAGGAUGCCUCUGGGCGAACGUGGUGACGGGCUGUCUCGGGGUGCUGGUGAUGAUGAUGUUCGGAAUAUUCUACGCGACCACGCUACAGAGACACCUGGCCUUCUCGCUGAUAGCCACCGGGACCUACGUGCCUAGACCCAGUCUCGGCUACUCCUAUUGGUGUCUGUUCGGCUCCAUCCUGUGUUCAGCCCUCAACGUGGCGCUACUGGAGACCCGGAAGUACCUGCUGGAGAGGGACCCGCCGCCCCCCACCAUCAAAGUGGAGAACCAUUCUGACGGAACCAUCUUUUUGUAUUAGCCCGUGGGCCCCCGAAAGCGCGAUAUCGCGCGAGACGCAAUAGAUUUUUGUUGUGUCUGAUUUCACGGGAUUUAAACGGUUAAUGCCUAUGUAGCU